CGCGAGCCCAGCCCGAGCCCGCCGGCCCGGCCCGCCGCCGGGAUGAUGUGGUCCAACUUCCUGAUGCAAGAGGAGGACCGGCGGCGGGGGGCGGCCGCCAGGCGGGGCGCGGGGCCGCCGGGGCUGUCGCCGGAGCGCGAGGGCAAGGUGAAGCUGGCGCUGCUGCUGACGGCCGUGGGCGCCACGCUGGCCGUGCUGGCCGUGGGCACCGAGUUCUGGGUGGAGCUCAACACCUUCCGGGCCAACGACAGCGCCGUGUGCGACGCCGCCUACCUGGGGCUCUGGAAGGUGUGCGUGAAGCGCCUGUGGCAGGAGGACGUGCCCGCCGCCCGGCGGACCUGCGGCCCCGCCCAGCUGCCCGGAGAAACCAACUGCACCUACUUUAAAUUCUUCACCACGGGGGAGAACGCGCACAUCUUCCAUAGAACCACGAAGAAAGAGAUGAAUCUGGCAGCCGCGGUGAUAGCGGUUCUCGGCUUGACGGUCAUGGCCCUGGGGUGCCUCUGCAUCAUCAUGGUGCUCAGCAAAGGCGCAGAGUUCCUGGUCCGAGUGGGAGCCAUCUGCUUCGGCCUCUCAGGCCUGCUGCUCCUGGUCAGCCUGGAGGUGUUCCGGCAUUCCGUGCGAGCCCUGGUCCAGAGGGUCAGCCCAGAGCCGCCCCCGGCCCCGGCCCUGACCUACGAGUACUCCUGGUCCCUGGGCUGCGGCGUGGGGGCCAGCCUGGUCCUGCUGCUGGGGGGCGGCUGCUUCCUCCUGCUCACCCUGCCGCCCUGGCCCUGGGGCUCACUCUGCCCCAAGCAGGCGCCCACGGCCCCCUAGAGGCACCCCUGCGCUUUCUCCAGCUCCUUGCAAACCCUCCUCGAUCCUCUGUCCCCUCAGAACCUUGUUGUUGUUGUGAAUCCUCACCCGAGGACAUUUCUCCACUGACCCCUAGAGAGAGUGGAAGGGAGAGGGAGAGGCAGAGAGAAACAUCGAUGUGAGAGAGACACAUCGAUGGGUUGCCUCCUGCAUGCACCCCGACCAGGGCCCGGGGCCGGGGAGGAGCCUGCAACCGAGGGACAUGCCCUGGACCUGAAUCGAACCCCGGACCCUUCGGUCCUCGGGCUGAUGCUCUAUCCGCUGAGCCACACCGGCCGGGGCCCCUCAGCAUCUUUCGCCCCACGUCCUGGAGAAGCUGUUCUCCUGGCUCCGGGGUCCAGGUUGUCUGCACAGACCCGUCUCGCGCCCUCGCCUUUUCCUCUGUACAUACGUGUUCCUCCGUGGCUGAAUCUGGGCCG